AUCCAGCAGCUCUGGGUCGCUUAGCGGCCGAGGAGGCGUCAUCCUUUUCCCCUGCAGGGCUGCAGAGACCAGAAAGCGGCAUUCGCGGCUGUCCACAUCAGAGCGUCUGCUGCCCUCCAGCUGAGCACAGUCUUGACACCCUGAGGACUGGGAUCUGCAACCCCCGCUGGACAGAGGCGAGCUUUUUCACGGAGGGCACCUGUUGCAGAGACUACGAGUGAAAUAAAGGCGCUCACUGGUUUCCCAGCUGUGUAAGAAUCUAAUAACGGGGGAAACUUGGAGAAGGGGGUGUGGUUGAGACCUGAGGCCAUGAGUUUGAUGGAGAUCUUAUUUAUUAACACAAAUCUGUGAGACUUAGACCAUCGCACUCUAUUUUGAGAGCCCAAUAUUGGCUCCAUACACUAUUUCACCAAGAAUUUGAAACAACAGUUGCCCUCGCUCCUGGAGGACUGGCGGGAGGGGAUGGAUGUGGCUCCGAAGAGCACCCUGCUAGCAGGAGAACACCUGCUAGCUCCUGAAGGUCGUAAUUGCCAGACUCCUGCAGGGUAUUUUUGGGGCAGUGGGCAAAUGUACAAUGUAUUCCAGGGUGUUCAGGAAGGUAGCGAGAGCGACUGCAGAUUGCUUCCCUGCAGUCCACUACCUUAUAGACCUUUUUUUUCCUUUUCUUUACAGUCCCUACCGGGAUACAAGGAAGGCAGAACCCGGGAACAUUGCUUUUGGGAUUCCUCCUGCUCAUUAGGCUUUUCUAAAAAGCUUGAGCAUCUUGUUAAAUUCAGAUAGACCGUCAUCGUCUGUCAUGGCUAGCAUCAUUUCACAUGUGGGUAAUAGCUGGCGGCAGAACACAGCCUUGCCGCCUUGGGCCCAUUCCAUGUUGAGGUCCCUGGGGAGGAGUCUUCGUCCUUUAAGGGUCAACAUGGCAGAAAGAAACAUGAAGUUGUUCUCCGGGAGGGUGGUGCCAGCCCAGGGGGAAGAAACCUUUGAAAACUGGCUGAUCCAGAUCAAUGGGGUCCUGCCAGAUUGGAAUAUGUCCGAGGAGGAAAAGCUCAAGCGCUUGAUGAAAACCCUUAGGGGCCCCGCCAGGGAGGUCAUGCGUUUACUCCAGGCGGCCAACCCCAACCUAAGCGUGGCAGAUUUCUUGCGCGCGAUGAAAUUGGUAUUUGGGGAGUCUGAAAGCAGUGUCACUGCCCAUGGUAAAUUUUUUAACACUCUGCAGGCACAAGGGGAGAAAGCCUCCCUUUAUGUGAUCCGUUUAGAGGUGCAGCUCCAGAAUGCUAUUCAGGCAGGGGUCAUAGCUCAGAAAGAUGCAAACCAGACUCGCCUGCAGCAACUCCUUUUAGGGGCUGAGCUGAAUGGGGACCUGCGCUUCAGGCUGAAGCAUCUUCUCAGGAUGUAUGCAAGUGAUCAGGAGCAUCUUCCUAAUUUCCUGGAGUUAAUCAAGAUGAUAAGGGAGGAAGAGGAUUGGGAUGACACUUAUAUGAAACUGAAGCGGCCCAAAAGAUCUGAGCUAAUCAUGGAGAGGACAGCAAGCCCUGUGGCAUUUCAGGGCCUUCAGCUAAUAGUGAUCAGCAGUGCUGACUGCAACGUGAUAGAGAUAGAUGAUACCCUCGAUGACUCAGAUGAGGAUGUGAUCCUGGUGGAGUCUCAGGACCCUCUACUUACCUCCAUGGAUGCCCCUCACCUCAGAGGCAGGGCCAGACCUCAGGAUCAAAUUCUGGUCAUUGAUUCUCCCAACAGUUCCCAGGCUCAAGCUCCUUCCACCAGUGGUGCUUCUGGGUAUAAGAAUGAUGGUCCUGAGGAUAUACGUAGGGCCAGGAAGCAAAAAUACACAAUCCGUUGUUCAUAUUGUGGUGAGGAGGGCCACUCAAAGGAAACCUGUGACAAUGAGAGCAACAAGGCCCAGGUAUUUGAGAAUCUGAUCAUCACCCUGCAGGAGCUGACACGUACAGAGGAGGAGGGAUCAAGAGAGGUCCCUGGCGAACACAGUGACCCCUCUGAACCACAGUAAGGUGCUAGACCCAGGCCUAAGUGAACCCUUAACUGUAUUCAGAGACUAGCGAUGGGAACAACGGCGGUAUGUGUUGGGGGGGUGCGGUGACAGAAGGCUUCUUUCUAUCUGCAUGAAUUAAUCCACAAAGUGGCUUUCUUUGGGGAAGGAGAGGUCCUGGAUACCAGCAAAGUGGAGGUGAUCACCUGACCUGUCCCUGCUCCCUCCUCCAUCUGCAUAAGGGUCUAUUUUCUGUAUGUGUCUAUUUCCUUGAUGACUUUAUUCUUUUUAUGAAAGGAGUAUAACUCUUUGUUAAACCUUCAAAAAUGAAGGAAAAUACAAAAACGAAAGUACAAAUUACCUGAAACUCUCUACCCGUAUACAACCAUUAUCAGCCUUUUGAUGAAUGUCCUUCUGGAUAUUUCCCUAUACCUGUGAAUCCAGAUAGAUAUAUGUAUAGAUAAAAGUGAUCAAAUAUAGCUGCUGUUCUAUACUGUGUAUUUUUUCACCAGACAAUAUAUGCUGCGGACUUCUAUGUCAAUGAAUAUAUAUAAGCAUCAAGUUUAAUGUCUCUGUGUGUGAUAUUACUUUUAGGAAUAUAAAAGAAAAAUAAACAAGAAAACUAAAUAUGGAAGCUAUAAUGGAGGGAGAUCAUACUGCAAAGUGGACUUUUUAUGCACCUCAUUUACAGAUGAGGAAAAGGGAAGCUGAAAUGGGCUGAAUAUCUCCCAAAGAGCCCUUUAUCAAACCUGACCUGUCUCCUCGAUCAGAGUCAAAUCUGCACCCACUGUUGCAUGGGCUGGUGUGGGGCACAAGACAAAAGAUAAGGCACAAGAAAACUUUUGAAGGCAAUAGAUAUUUUUUUUUUUUUUGCUUGUGGUGAUGGUUUCACAGGGGUAUGCAUGUGUCAAAAGUUAUACAUUUUUUGAAUACACUUUAAAUAUGCGCUGUUUGUUUUGUCAAUUAUAUCACAAUAAAGCUGUUGAAAAUUUUUUGAAAAGUCUG